UAUAGGGUCAGCUCAUGUGGGGUCAGCACACCCCAGUCCAGCCCCACGGAUGGCACAGCCUGCACAAAGGAUGCCAGCUCCUAUGGGGUCAGCUCCUAUGGGGUCAACGCACCCGAAUCCAGCCCCACGGAUGGCAGAACCUCACCUAAGGAUGCAGCAACCCCAAGUGAAUCCAUCCCCAUCUAUGGGAUUGCCUGCACAGAGGAUGACAGCGCCUAUGGGGUCAGCAGCUCCUAUGGGGUCAGCAGCUCCUAUGGGGUCAGCUCCUAUGGGGUCAGCACGUCCGAAUCCAGCCCCACGGAUGGCAGAACCUCGCCUAAGGAUGCAGCAACCCCAAGUGAAUCCAGCCCCACGGAUGGCACAGCCUACACAAAGGAUGCCAGCACCCAUAGGAUCAGCUCCUAUGGGGCCAGCUCCUAUGGGGUCAGCUCAUAUGGGAUCAUCACGCCCGAGUCCAGCCCCACGGAUGGCAGAACCUCGCCUAAGGAUGCAGCAACCCCAAGUGAAUCCAGCCCCAUCUAUGGGACUGCCUGCACAAAGGAUGAUGGCUCCUAUGGGGUCAGCACCUCCUAUGGGGUCGGCUCCUAUGGGGUCAACGCACCCAAAUCCAGCCCCACGGAUGGGAGAACCUCGCCUAAGUCUGCAGACAUCCCAAGUGAAUCCAUCCCCAUCUAUGGGACUGCCUGCACAGAGGAUGACAGCGCCUAUGGGGUCAGCAGCUCCUAUGGGGUCAGCAGCUCCUAUGGGGCCAGCAGCUCCUAUGGGGCCAGCAGCUCCUAUGGGGUCAACGCACCCAAAUCCAGCCCCACGGAUGGCAGCACCCCCCCAGAGGAUGCGGCCGCCCAUGGGAUCCCCCCACCUGAACCCACCCCCACCCAUGGGAGAAGCUCAAUGGAGGGCGCAGCCAUCAAUGGGAUCCCAGCCCAAUCCAGCCCUGCGAAUGGGGACCCCUCCCCAAAGGAUGAGAGCACCCAUGGGACCCCCCCGACCCAACCCCCCCCCACCCAUGGGACCCCCCCAACCCAACCCCCCCAUGGGAGAACCCCAUUGGGGAGCACAGCCGCCUUUGGGAUCCCAGCCCACCCCAUCCCUGCGUAUGGGGACCCCUCCCCAAAGGAUGAGGGCACCCAUGGGACCCCCACAGAACCCCCCCCCACCCAUGGGACCCGGACCCCCCCAGGGGACGUGUCCGUGUAUGGGACCACCAAUGGGAGACCCUCAAUGGAGGACGUGGACCCCUAUGGGACCCCCCCCCAGUCC